UCUCCUUAUUUUCACGAUCCUUGCUUGCUUUUUUGGACUUUAUGUAACAAUGGUAAAGUUCUCUGGUUUUGUUUGGGCGAUUAGGUGCUACUAUGGAACCAUUUGGGUCUUUUGUGUCUCAGCUAUUUUCUUGCUGGGGAGAUCUAGAUUUAAGCUAUCCAAUGGAUUAUACAUUGCAGUUGCUGCCAGGCUGCACAAGCAGGCUUUAUUAGUGGAUGUACUUAAAGCAUUAUGGAGGGCAGACUUUGAUGUACACCAACUCUUGAUUUGUCAAGUGCACGUCGUCACUACAACAGUUCGUUGUGAAUCCAGAAUAAAGGUAGAGAAAUGCCGACUUUACUAUCUUUGCCUCCGAGGAUGGAAGAAGAUUGUAAUGGUAGUUACCAUGAGCCAAAUAUAGAAGAUGACUACAGUGUUGAUUCUUUGGUAAUGACUUGGGAUAAAAUGAGGCAAUUGGCUACUAUCAAAAUGAUUUGUUUAGUUAUAUAUGGAUUAUACAUAACCCAAAAAAGGUUGAUUCAUAACCAUAUGCCAUCUAGAGAAGAGACUAUUGCACGAGAGAUUGCAAGGAGAAACCUUUUUACAUUUUAUACAACUUUUAGAAGAAGUCGUCAUUUUUACGUAUGCUACUAGAUACUUUUGCUCAUUUAUGUACCCUAUUGUAUACAAGGGGUCAAUUGAAUGACACACGUCAUGCUAGUGUUGAAGAGCAAGUUGCAAUAUUUAUUUAUGCUAUUGCUCAUAACGUAAGAAAUUGGGUUUCGCAAGAUGCUUUUCGUCAUUCUGGUGAGACCAUAAGUAGAUAUUUUCAUUGAGUUAUGGAAGCUAUCAUUUCUUUAGAGAAUGAAUUUCUUAUACAACCUGACGGAACAUCUAUUCCUUCGGAGAUUAUGAGCAACAAUAGAUUUACCCAUAUCUUAAGAUAAAUUAUAUGAUUUAAGUAACUUUAAUUAUAAUUGUACAUAAAGAUAUAAAAUAUUGUGCAACUUUAAUUUUAUGUCAAAAUUAUAUAGGAGCUAUUGAUGUACACAUGUCCAUGUCAAAAUUUCUAAUUCUAAUGCACCAAGGUAUCGUGGUAGAAAAAAUUGGCCUACUCAAAAUGUCUUGGCAUCUUAAAAUUUGAUUUAAAGUUUACUUAUGUGUUACCUCUUACCUGGAUGGGUAGGAACAACAUCAGAUUCAAAAAUAAUUAAAGAUGUAUUAAAUUGAGAAGAUAGAUUGCAUACCUUUGAAGGUAAUAGCGAUAACUUAAGACAAACUUUGAGUUCAUAUAACAUACUUCAAUCAUCUAAUUUUUAUGAGUUAUUUUUAGGUAAGUAUAAUCUAGUUGAUGUUGGUUUCAUGCUCACUGCUGCGCUCUUAACCCCUUAUAGGGUGUACGCUAUCACCUAAAAGAGUACUCUAUUUGUGAACUAAAAGAUGCACAAAAACUUUUUAAUCUUUGGCACGCGUCACCACGCAAUGCUAUAGAGAGAGCAUUUGGGGUGUUAAAAAAAGGAUUUACUAUUAUUGCAAGUUCAACUGAGCCACACUACACUUUUGAU